AUGGAGAAGAGCAACAGCACGUCAGACUUCUUUCUCCUGGGACUCUUUAGGCACACGAGACUCCACCUCUUUCUCUUCGCACUGGUGGCCAUUGCUUCCCUCCUGGGCAACGCCCUCCUGGUCCUCCUGAUCCAGCAGGACCGCCGGCUGCACACGCCCAUGCUCUUCCUGCUGAGCCAGCUCUCCCUCAUGGACCUCAUGCUCACCUCCACCAUUGUGCCCAAGAUGGCUGAUGGCUUUCUUGCUGGGAAGAUUUCCAUCUCCGCAGCUGGCUGUGGACUACAGAUCUUUGUCUCGCUCACCCUGGGUGGUGGGGAGAGCUUCCUCCUGGCGGCCAUGUCCUACGACCGCUUUGUGGCUGUGUGCCACCCGCUGCGCUACGCCACCCUCAUGAGCUGGCGGCUGUGUCUGAGAAUGGCUUUGGGGUCCUGGUUCCUGGGGGCAGCUGAUGGGCUCAUGCAGGCUGCGGCUACCCUCAGCUUCCCAUUCUGCAGCAGACAUGAAAUCGAUCAUUUCUUCUGUGAGGCCCCGGUGCUAGUGCGUUUGGCCUGCUCUGACACUUCAGUCUUUGAGAACGUGAUGUACAUCUGCUGCAUCCUGAUGCUCCUCAUCCCCUUGUCCCUCAUCCUGACUUCCUACAGCCUCAUCCUCGCUGCUGUCCUGCACAUGCGCUCCACAGAGGCCCGCAAGAAGGCCUUUGCCACCUGCUCCUCCCAUGUGGCAGUCGUGGGCCUCUUUUAUGGGGCUGCCAUCUUUAUCUACAUGAGACCCACAUCCUACAGGUCAGCCAGCCACGAUAAGGUCGUGUCAGCCUUCUAUACCAUCUUCACCCCUAUGCUGAACCCCAUGAUCUACUCUCUGAGGAGCAGUGAGGUCAAGGGAGCUUUAAAAAGGUGGCUGAGCAAACAAGUCAAUCUAAAACACCAGAAAAUUUCACUUCACUCUUCAUGA